AUGGGGAAACUAAACGCAUUCAGGAACAUAUUUUAUCGUCGAGAGUUAGGUGUAGAAAUGAUCGACGCUGUAUCAGUAUUCGGUUUCACAUUAUUUAUAUUCCUAACGGGAGUGAAAAUGGAUGUGAAGAUGGCAUUUAACUCAACAAAGAAAUCCGUAGUAAUUGGAAUCAUAUCCCUUUUAUCUCCCAUCGUGGUCGGAAUAGUGCUUCACAAGACCUUCAACGAACAUAAACGAAUGAAUGAUGUAAUAAAAACCGAACGAAUAGUCGGAACAUUGAUCGAAUCAACAACAUCGUUUUCGGUCAUCGCCUGCGUUCUCACCGAGCUCAAGAUCAUAAAUUCUGAACUCGGACGACUCGCUCUAUCGUCGGCCUCCGUAGGUGACUUGAGCACCUUGUUUCUAGUUCACAUAAUUUCAUUAUCACAAGAUUGGGCCACGUCACCAUUGUUGGCUCUACAACGCGUACUUGUGGCUUUUCUUUUCAUAACAGUCCUUUUCUUCGUGUUUCGCCCAAUGAUGUUUUGGAUCAUUAAAAAAACACCAGAAGGAGAACCAAUUGAGGAAGUGUACAUCGUGGCCAUCCUGAUGGUUGCUAUAGGAUGUGCUAUAUUUACACAUUGGACCCAGCAAGCACCUUUAAUCGGUGCUUUUCUCUUCGGCUUAGCCGUGCCUGACGGUCCGCCACUAGGGUCGACGUUGAUAAACAAGUUCGAAUGCUUUGUCAAUGGCAUCUUUCUUGCUGUCUACAUAACAGCAUCGGCAAUGAGGGUUAAUCCGAGGAAGAUGGUGUCGAAUCCACCCAGAGUCAAAUUUUCUAUAAUUUCAUUUUUCUUGACAUUCCUUGCAAAAUUUAUAUCUUGCUUCAUAGCAUCUUUUGUGAGCUUCAUGCCCUUUAGGGACUCCUUGGCUUUUGGUCUCAUUAUGAGCAGCAAAGGGGUCGUGGAGUUGGCGUAUUUUUCUACUUUCAGAGACAAUUGGGUUAUAUCAGAAGCAACUUUUAGCGUGGCGGUCUUUGCCAUUCUUGUAAAUGCAACUGUAAUCCCACUCCUAGUGAGGUUCCUUUACGACCCAGUUUCAAGAAAAUAUGCAGGAUAUAAAAGACGGAACUUAAUGCACUUAAAACCCGAUGCUGAGCUACGGGUACUUGCAUGCAUUCAUUGGCCUGAAAAUGUCUCAGCCAUGAUCGAUUUGCUUGACCUCACAUGCCCUAUGACAGAAAGUCCCAGUGUUAUUUACGCCCUUCACUUGAUCGAGUUAAUGGCUCGUGAUUCACCGGUGUUUAUAGCUCACCACAAGCAUGAAACUAACACCAACGUCGGCGGUUCCUUUGAGGACAUCCUUGCGUUCUAUCAAUACGAGCAGAACAAUUGGGGUUUGGUCACAGUUAAUGCUUUCACAGCAAUCUCACCGCCGAAGCUCAUGCAUGAAGAUAUUUGCACUAUGGCUCUUGACAAGCAAACAUCUUUCAUAAUUCUCCCUUUCCAUAGGAAAUGGUCCGUUAACGGGUCUGUAGAAGCAGAAAACAAUGUGGUACGGAACGUGAAUUGUAGCGUCUUGGACCGAUCACCAUGCUCGGUAGGGAUCCUCAUUGACCGUGGUGGGAGGCGGAAACCGAUGAAAUCGUCGUCCUACUCUGUUGGGAUUCUUUUCUUAGGUGGCAAAGACGAUAGGGAGGCUUUAACGUUGGCGAAAAGGAUGGCUCGAGACCCUCGAGUGAAGCUAACUGUGAUCCGUCUCAUUGCAUAUCAAGAUCGCAGAGAUGUCUUAGACUGGGACACGAUAAUGGAUAUUGAGAUAUUGAAAGAUGUUAAGCAAAAUAAUGGAGUACUUGGUAAUGACUGUGACAUCAUGUAUGUAGAACAAGUAUCGGAUAGCGGAUCACAGACUGCGAAGAUCAUUAGGUCGGUUGCCGACUAUUAUGAUUUGAUAAUCGUCGGUAGACGCUACGGAGUGGAGUCGAUACAAUCAAUGGGUUUAUCAGAAUGGAGUGAAUUCCCUGAGCUAGGGAUUGUCGGAGACCUUUUUGCAUCUACAGAUUUAGAUAGCAGGGUAUCUGUAUUAGUUGUGCAACAACAACAUUAUAUAGCUGAAAGUAGACAUUGA